GAACACGGGUCACUCGGGGUCACUCUGUCGAAGCCGGAUGAGUAAGGGGACAUGUUCUGUGAGUCAUCAGCCAUAGUUUCUGUCCCUAUCUGUUCCAACCAGCUUUAGAUUCACGAGCUAAAAGGCCAACAGAUACUACCUGACGACCCAUGACAGCAAAUAGGACCCACUCCAGGCACUCAACGUUGUAGGAACUCGGCAAACCUCUGUCGCGUUUCGUCACAUCAUAUCCGGGUUCAGAGUUAUGUUCUGUGUUGACGAAACACAUUAGAAAACGUUCAGGACAGAAGAAAAACUGGUAUCGAAAAAGAUAAUGUCAACUCCAAUAAGGUUGUCAAAACCCGUGUUGCUUUAUAUAUUCUUCACGUAUUCAAGCCUCCAUUGUUUAUCAGCAGCUGAGAACUCAGAUGUCAAGAGCUCUGGCCAGGCUGUCACAGGUUCUGAAGAAUGCUGGCUACAGGAGAAAUAUGAAGUGAUAGAGAAAUGCAGACCAUGUAAACAGUUUGAAUUGACCAGUAACUCAGUUCCUGUGUGCUCUGUGACGGGAUAUGUGGAGAGAGUAUCUUGCAAGAGCUCAGGAGAGGUUUACAGAAGUUGUCACAACAUGCGAGCAGAGGAGAAUACCUUCUGGAUGUUUGAGGGGGUCUGGUUUGGAGUCUUUGUGGCAGGAUAUGCUGCAGUGUUUCUUCGACAAAGAAUACUGGACAGUGCUGCAACAGCCAGAGUGCACAAACAGAUUGCUAGUAGUGUAUAAUAAUACAAGACCUAAGUUUUAACAUAUUUUGUUCAUCAUAUAAUAUACGGUACAUGUAUAUAAUUAUUUGUGCAGAGAGCUGUUUUGUACCUAUAUAUGAAGCAGAGCGCUGUGGUCAUUUUUAAGUAUAUUUCAUGACCAUGUCUUUCUUUCCUGUUGUUGAAAAGAAAAAUACAUCUAUCUGUAACAUGCAGGGGUUGGCGGGAAAAAUCGUGACCUUUUCAUUAUAUGCCUUAUUUGUUUGACCAGCUAUAUGGCAUAUAACAUAAGGAAAAGGUCACAAUUUUCCCACCCAACCUCUGCUUGGAGAGUACAUUUUGGCAUGUUAUGGAAAACAAUCACCUUUUGUUACAUUGUACACUGGGAAAGGAUCUUACAGGACUAAAUAUAAUUUGUUUCAAUUUCCCUCUGUACCUAAAUUUGUAAGAAGUGUUGUAUGAUAUAAUGCAUAUCAUGUGUAUUGAUCCAAUAAUGCCUAUUGUUAAACAAGAUUAUAUUUGACUUCAGAGAAACCAAGAU